GCUCCUUUCUGCCAAAUACUGGGCGUUCCUGAGACUCCUCUGCUGUCCAAGGAAGGAGAUGUCACCAUCGGAGGAGCCUUUUCCAUUCACAGCAAAAUCACACAGCCAUCGCUGUCCUUCACAGACACCCCGAAACGUCUCACAUGUUCGAGCGUAAAUCUCAGGGAGUUUCGGUUUGCACAAACUAUGAUCUUUGCCAUUGAGGAGAUCAACAGCAGUGAGUCUCUUCUUCCAAAUGUCUCUCUUGGGUAUCGGAUCUAUGACAACUGCGGCUCAACGUUGUUCUCUAUACGUGCGGCCAUGGCGCUGAUGAAUGGCGAGGAGUGGACGAUGGGAAAGACCUGCACCGGUCAGUCAGCUGUUCACGCCAUCAUUGGGGAGUCUGAAUCCUCUUCGAGCAUCGUGCUUGCUCGCACCACCGGGCCUUUCCAAAUACCAGUGAUCAGUCACUCAGCAACAUGUGAGUGUCUGAGUAGCAGGAAGGAGUUCCCCUCCUUCUUCCGCACCAUUGCCAGUGACCUCUACCAGAGCCGGGCUCUGGCUCAGCUGGUCAAGCACUUUGGCUGGAGCUGGGUGGGGGCGAUCAACAGCGACAGUGACUACGGCAACAACGGCAUGGCCAUCUUCCUUGCUGCUGCCCAGGAGGAAGGGGUAUGCGUGGAAUACCGAGGGAAAUUCCACCGGACAGAACCAGAAAAGCUGACGAAGGUGGUGGAGAUGAUUCGCAAGGGCACGGCCCGGGUCAUUGUGGCGUUCCUGGCUCACGUGGAGAUGAACAAUCUCCUGAGGCAGCUGACCAUCCACAACGUCACCGGCCUGCAGUUCAUCGGCGUGGAGGCCUGGAUCACCGCCGACAGCCUGGUGACACCAACUAGCUAUGGCGUGUUGGGUGGGUCUCUGGGCUUCGCCGUGCAGAAGGCCAACAUCAGCGGCUUCGCUGAUUUUGUAAUCAGAGAGUCCUGGGACACAUUAUUUCAAUGUAAAGAGAUAGACGGAGUUAACAUGACUGCAAAUGUACCUUGUAAAGAGAACGGGGACUUGAUGGAACUGAAAAAUUACAGCGAUGACGUGGGGGAGCUGAGAUACUCCGGCAAUAUCUACAAGGCCAUUUAUGCUGUGGCCCAUUCCCUGCACAGCUUACUGAAGUGCACAAACACAAAUAGUCAAGGCUGUGACAAGACUGUGACUGUUUCUCCCUGGCAGGUAGUGGAGUCUUUAAAGCAGGUGAACUUCACCAUUAAGAAUGGGGAUAAGGUCUGGUUUGACAAUACCGGUGCAGCAGCGGCCCGGUAUGAAGUGGUGAACUGGCAGCGUGGACCAGGCGACUCGAUCCAGUUUAAACCCGUGGGCUACUAUGACGCCUCCUUACCGCCUGGAUGGCAAUUUGUCCUCAGAAAUGAAGAAAUAAUAUGGCCCGGUGAAAAGAAGGAGUUGCCCGUGUCGGUGUGCAGUGACAGCUGCCUCCCGGGAACUUACAAAGUCUACCAGAAAGGAAGGCCGGUCUGCUGCUAUGACUGUGUGCCAUGUGCAGAGGGAGAAAUCAGCAACGCCACAGAUGCUAACAGCUGCAUAACGUGCCCCGAAGAGUACUGGUCGAGUCCAAACAGGGACACGUGCGUACAGAAGAGGGUUGAGUUCCUCGCCUUCACCGAGGUUAUGGGCAAACUGCUGUCGUUUUUCUCUUUGUUUGGGGUACUCCUCACUUUACUUGUGUCCACCUUAUUCUUCAUUAAUAAGGACACCCCGUUAGUGAAAGCCAAUAACUCUGAGCUGAGUUUUCUGCUGCUCUUCUCUUUGAAUCUGUGCUUCCUUUGCUCCCUGACCUUCAUCGGCCGGCCCUCCGAGUGGUCCUGCAUGCUGAGACACACGGCGUUCGGCAUCACCUUCGUCCUCUGUAUCUCCUGUGUGCUGGCGAAAACUAUCGUGGUGUUAAUGGCCUUCAGGGCCGCACUUCCAGGUAGCGAUGUAAUGAAAUGGUUCGGCCCCGCUCAGCAGAGACUUAGUGUUAUGGCUUUCACUCUCGUACAAGUUGUGAUUUGCAUCCUGUGGUUAACCAUCUCGCCUCCUUUUCCCUUUAAGAACAUGAAACACUACAAGGAAAAGAUCAUACUUGAAUGUGCAUUAGGAUCGCCUAUAGGAUUCUGGGCCGUGUUGGGAUAUAUAGGCCUCUUGGCUAUGUUGUGUUUUAUCCUGGCCUUUCUCGCCCGGAAGCUGCCUGAUAAUUUCAAUGAGGCAAAGUUCAUCACCUUCAGCAUGUUGAUAUUCUGUGCCGUCUGGAUCGCCUUUAUCCCGGCUUAUGUCAGUUCUCCUGGAAAGCUACCUGUAGCAGUAGAGACCUUUGCAAUUCUUUCCUCCAGUUAUGGGUUACUUUUCUGUAUAUUUGCACCUAAAUGCUUCAUUAUUGUAUUAAAACCUGAAUUGAAUACAAAAAAACACUUAAUGGGAAAAGUGCAACCUCGGUCCAUCUAG